AUGGAGGCGACAUGUGAAGUACCGGCAGCAUCAAGGACUUCUGUGCGAACGUCGGCGUUUGCUGCAGGCGGGGACAGCGGCAGCGGGGCAAUGGAGGUGAUAUGUAAAGCACCGGCAGCAUCAACGGCUUCUGUGCAAACGUCGGCGUUUUCUGCAGGUGGGGACAGCGGCAGUGGGGCAGUGGAGGCGACAUGUGAAGCACUGGCAGCAUCAAGGGCAUCUGUGCGAACGUCGGCGCUUGCUACAGGUGGGAACAGCGGCAGCGGGGCAGUGGAGGCGACAUGUGAAACACCGGCAGCAUCAGGGGCUUCUGUGCGAACUUCAGCGUUUUCUGCAGGCGGGGACAGCGGCAGCAGGGCAGUGGAGGCGACAUGUGAAGCACCGGCAGCAUCAAGGGCAUCUGUGCGAACGUCUGCGUUUGCUACAGGGAACUCCAUACAAAAAAAAUGGAAAAACAUGAAAGAUUGCUUCGUUAAAGAAUUGGCAGCACAACAAGGCAAAUCUGGACAAGCUGCUUCUUCAAAGAAAAAGAAAUAUAUACAUUUCGAUUCAAUGCUUUUCCUAAUUCCUUCCAUGCAAAAACGAGAAACGAGAGGUAAUCUAUCAUCGCCUAAUUCUACUCAGGAUGAAAAUGCAUCGUCGGAUUUUUCUACUCAAGGUAUAACAUUGUCUACUACAGCUCAGAAUUCACAACUUACUAAUAACAAUAGAACACCAGUGCGAAAGAAGAACUGUUCUCGAGACAACAACAAUUCAACAGAAAUAGACAAAUAA